AUGAUGACGCCGACGGAUUGCAUGAGAAGUUUCAUAAGUCAAAGCUGGGUGGAAGACGAAAUCGAUGGAUCAAUUCGCCAGUUGGCAGGAACGGAACCGCAAGCAUCGGGGUCUUCUGGAGCAUCAGCUGCACAGGAUGCAGACGAGGAUAACAAGGCAGAUAUCACUCCAGUCGAAGCAUUCAAUGCAGUUCACACCGAAGGGGAUGGUCUUCUCGCUGAUAUGCAUGCUGCUGCGAUGACCUUCCCAUACACAUUUGACAAGAGUCUGAAUAAUAUGGAAAUGAACCGUAUUCCUCAUCUCUAUUGUUUUGAUCACACUCGUGUCGAAUUGAAAGCUCAGAAGGGAACUGGGGAUUAUUAUCACGCCUCCUGGGUUGAUGGAUAUAAUCGGAAAUCCGCCUACAUUUUCGCACAAGCUCCCUUUGAUGAUAUCACAGAGCACACGUUUUGGAGAAUGGUUGGUGAGAAGAAGCCGUCGAUGAUUCUGGUUUUUGGAGACGUUGACGAGAAACAGAAACGUAAAGUGCCUUAUGAUAUCUCUGAAAAGGAUUUUGAAAAGGCAUUUCUUCACGAAUUCGAUGCGAAAAAGUUGGACGAGACCGAGAUGAAAGCCAAACUGUGCAGCACAUUUUGGCCGGAUAAGGGAUCGAAAAAGGAGUUUGAUACGCUGAUGAUUCAAACAAAAGACGAGUAUUCUGAGACUCAUAUGAAGACGUUCAGUUUGUCAGUGACGGAGAAUAAACAAGAGAAUCAGACUGUUUUGAUGCAUUUCCACGAAUGGGCAGAUACCGCUCAACUGCCGGAGUAUAUGCUCGAUAUGAGAGCUUCUAUCAAAGUACAGUAUAUCCGCAGUUCGAAAAAGCCAGGUGCAAAUAAUGGUCCGAUUCUUCUUGUCUGUGCAACUGGCAUCACCAAAUGCUCCAUUUACGCUACAAUCGACAUCAUCGUGAGCAGAAUGACCGAAGAGCACACUGUCGGAUUCAAGGAGACAAUGUCAGCUAUCAAGGUGCAGAGAUAUGGUUGUUUCAGAGCUCCAGCCGCAUAUUUGACUGCUCGUGAAAUGCUCAUGAAGUUCGCUGUCAGUACUGGUGUUGUUCAUGAUACUGCAAUCGGAGACAAGCCAAAGCCUAACAAAUCGAAGUACAGUACUAUUGGGAAGGCACAAAAGAGUGGAUUUAUGAGAAAGAAGAAGGCAGCUCAGAAAACUAAAUGA